AGCAGAUUCGCCUUGCCGUGUAACUGACGCCCGCCAAUAUAGGUAGCUUUUCCCGCCAAUAUAGGUAGAUUGUCGAACGGACGAUCGUUCCGCAGUACGCAUUGACACAACUGUCCAACAGCUUUCGCACAUCGCUUGAGCUAAACGGGAUGUUAAUACACGCGGCACGUAGAUUCCGGGUAAUAUUCGAGGAUAUUGAGUUAUUUUUCAAUAUUUCAAACUCGCGCGAGCAACAGACGCGCGGUACGUGCGAUACGCGUCCACCAUUGAAUGUCUGAACAACUUCACGCUGUCUCGUUACCAACCUUAUGAAGUAAGUUAUUUUAAUUUUCAGAUGAUGGCAUUCUUUCUCGUGAAUGACGUCAUCGAUAGAUCAUAGUUCAUUUUCCCGCCAUUUCGUGUCGAAGUCGAAACGUUUUCGCUCCGCAUUUUUCGCAGACAAGGUGAGUAACGAGUUAAUAAUCGGACGAACUAACGCGCGUGUGAGUAUCAGGAGGGCCGAAUGAAAUAUCGUACGACUACUAUGACGUGCUAAUGCAAUGCGACCGUGAUUAAUACUGUGCAGUAUUACUCGGCGUAUUCGCGUCGCGUCAAAACUUUCGCCUAAAUGACUGCCGCCGUUAUUUUCACGUCCGAAGUGCGUCGCGUGCAUAAUCGGACAUCGGCAGAGACUGAUUGAAUGUACUGUCGGACGACGCGCCGUUGUAAUGUGUCAAUUAAGGUGCGCGUUUAUGACCGUUCGCCGUUUGUUUACAUUAUCCGCCUCGCGAUGAAUAAACAGUUGUACGCUCGUUAGAAAUUUGGUCGGCCAUCGCGGUCGAGCGAGCGGUAUACCACAGAUUACGAUACGACACAUAAACAUCUCGAUUCUCGGAAUAGAGCAACGCGAACGCUUCCAGGAAUUUUCACGCAGUACGUGUGUGUUUAUGAAAACAAAAGAGGAGGAGGGGGGUGUGAUAUACGCGGUACGAAUGUGCGCUACGACAAUUCUCGAAAGGACUCCAAAAAGUAAGCAUUGUGUCGUGAAUAAAAUGAACGAGAAAUACUUGAAUCAAGGAUGAAGAAUCAAGAAUUGAAGACUCGAAGUACGACGAAUAUCUAGGAUGAAGAGUGAAGGAUUGAAGAUUUAAAAUGAAUGCUAUUUCUAUCCCGGCAACAAUGCUACAUGUUACACAUUUCCAGUCGCAAAGAGAAAAAGGAUUGAAGAUGUGUGUGAAGAGUUAAAGAUAAAAGAUUCAAACACAUGAAUGCUGUUUCCAUCUCGGCGACAAUGCUACAUAUUACAUUUUUCAGUCGUAACAAAGAGGAAAAGAUCAAGGAUGAAGAGUCAAAGAUCAAAGAUUCGACAUGAAUGCUGUCUCCAGUUUGACGACAAUACUGUAUCCUACAGAUUUCUGAUUGCAAACAGCGAGGAGAAAAGGGAUCCCCCGCGAGAAUGCACGAAACGCUGGGAUGCACUGUCGCGCGAACGUAGCGCGUUCUCUCUGCGAACAAUAAAAACGCCGCCGCCUUUGAGCGACCGGGACCUCGCGAGUACGCACAACCGAGGAGCACGGAAGAACGCUUGGUUAUGACGGCGAAGUCGGGAGGUGCGUUAGCGAGGGCAUCGAGUAUCGAUUAGCGGACGAUUCGCGCGGAAUUGAACUCGACUCGUGACAUCCCGCACGAUGAUGAUGAUAAUCAGUGACGCAGCGGGCGAUAAAGCGCUUUCGGGCGACACUCGCGGCAGUGACUGCUGCAUGUAGAAGUGAACACGCAAAAUUGUGCAGUGCAUCACGGUCACGGCGGGGCACGUCGGGACCGGAUAGAAGAACAUCGGCAAGUCGGUGUCGAGCCUCGACCUGGGCCUGCAAAAUUCAUCUGCCAUGGCGCACCAGACAAGAGGUCUACCGCAGUUGCGAAUAAAGUUUUAUAAUACGGUCGCCGCCGGUCUCCAAAUAGUCCUCUUGCUCACCGUCCUACCUCAAGAGAGCCUUUGCGGGCGCCACGAGAAACGCUUAUUGAAUCACUUGCUGGCAAAUUACAACACCUUGGAACGACCGGUCGCGAAUGAGAGCGAACCACUGGAGGUGAAGUUUGGCAUCACUCUACAGCAAAUCAUCGACGUGGAUGAGAAAAACCAGAUACUUACGACAAACGCGUGGUUAAAACUGGAGUGGACGGACUACAACCUCCAGUGGAACGAGUCUGAAUAUGGCGGAGUGAAGGACCUUCGAAUUACGCCGAACAAGCUUUGGAAACCGGAUAUCCUCAUGUACAACAGUGCGGAUGAGGGUUUCGACGGGACGUACCAAACAAACGUGGUGGUCACGCAUAACGGCAGUUGCCUGUACGUCCCUCCGGGCAUCUUCAAGAGCACAUGCAAGAUAGACAUCACUUGGUUCCCCUUUGACGACCAACACUGUGACAUGAAGUUCGGAUCCUGGACCUACGACGGCAACCAGCUCGAUCUGGUACUCAACUCAGAAGAGGGUGGUGACUUAUCCGAUUUCAUCAUGAACGGGGAAUGGUACCUCAUCGGUAUGCCGGGGAAGAAGAACACGAUAAUGUAUCAGUGCUGCCCGGAGCCGUACGUCGACGUCACGUUCACGAUACAGAUACGCAGGAGGACUCUCUACUACUUUUUCAACCUGAUCGUGCCCUGCGUGCUGAUAUCGAGCAUGGCCCUACUGGGCUUCACCCUGCCGCCCGAUUCCGGCGAGAAGCUCACCCUAGGAGUGACCAUUCUGCUGUCGCUGACAGUUUUCCUGAACCUCGUGGCAGAAAGCAUGCCGACGACUUCGGACGCUGUCCCUUUAAUAGGAGUGACCAUCUUGCUAUCGCUGACGGUGUUCCUGAACCUCGUCGCCGAGACCCUGCCCCAGGUCUCCGACGCAAUACCCCUGUUAGGAUCAUACUUCAAUUGCAUCAUGUUCAUGGUAGCGAGCAGCGUUGUGCUGACCGUUUUGGUGCUCAACUAUCAUCACAGAUCACCUGACAGAUACGUGAUGCCAAACUGGGUGAAAAUAGUGUUUCUACAAUGGCUGCCGUGUGUGUUACGCAUGAGUCGGCCGGGCAAGAAGAUCACGAAGAAAACCAUUCUCAUGAGUAAUCGAAUGAAGGAGCUGGAGCUGCAGGAGAGGAGCAGUAAGAGUUUAUUAGCGAACGUUUUAGACAUCGAUGACGAUUUUCGCCACGGAAACAGCGCCGCUAAUCCUGCCUCGGGCUAUAUAAGCAGGUCAGCGUACGGCACACCGCUGUCGGCCAGACCGGCGACGGUCGAGGAGACUUCGGCAUCGUUGCCUCUCAGCGGCAUGCAGAAAGAACUUCAUACGAUUCUCAAGGAAUUGCAGUUCAUCACGAGCCGCAUGAAAAAGGCGGACGAGGACGACGAGGUUAUUAGCGACUGGAAAUUCGCCGCCAUGGUUGUCGACAGGCUUUGCCUGUUCAUCUUCACGUUAUUCACGGUUUUGGCUACGGUGGUCAUACUGUGUCGUGCGCCACAUAUAAUCGUCCAGUAAUAGACUGCCCCGGUCGAACCGAAAAAAAGCACAAAAAAUGCCACGGAUAGCGCCUCCUAGAAUUUGGAACGACGUCCGAUACAAUUCGAGGAGGCGGCUAAGGAGCGCGUCGAAGUGACGGGAAAGCGCGGAAAAAGAGAGACGGACUCGUUAGCCCCUUUCACGCCCUUCUGCGCGACUCACCCCCUCCGGGAACGUUGCCGCGUUCCUGGAUUCCUCAUGUUGGGAAUCCGCCGCCGGGUUGUGUGCCCCGGUUCUUUCGCGACGUGCUUUCAUUUAGGCGAAUAAGAAGGCAAGCAGGAGUGAGAUCGAUGACGUUCAACGAGAAAAGUCACACAGAGAAGACGGACCUCCGGCAGCAGCGGCAGCGGGCGCGCCUCAGGAAACAACGUCUGGAAGACGCUCCCGGAUUCGUGAAGAGAGAAGAGACGGAAAGAAGGGAACAAGGAUCCGACCGCCGACAUCAUACUUCGUUGCGGCUGCGUUCUUUCGUUUAAGUGACUUAAUUAACAUUUCUAGUGCGGAAACUGGUAGGUAGUCGACGACGCGCGACGCGAGCUGGACGGAGAGAUUUAGAGGAUGCCUCUAGAUCAUAGACGAAGAAGGUAGGUGCAGGCGAGAGAGGACGCGCUGCCGAGUGAGUCUGAAGAUGCGUCUCGCGAGCUCAUGUCGAUCGCGACUUCGUUCAGCGAUCGCCGCGGUUGCCGUUCGACGAUCGGGAUCGAUCUCGCUUCACGACCGAUGCGAUUUCGCGAACAAAGAAAAGAAAAAGAAAGGACGCGCGAUGAGUCGACAGCGUCACGAGAAAAGGAGAUCGCGCAGUCCUCGGAAGAGCGUUGUUGCGGCCUUUCGAUAAUAGUAACAAUAACGAUAAUAUUUCUUAUAAUAAUGAGAAUAAUAAUUAACGAUAAUUACCGUUAGUUGCUUUGUGCGCGCGCGCCACGCGCGCACGCGUUACGACCGAGUCGUAAUUAAUUAAUUAACGCCGCGAUCUGUUGAGGGUCUCUCGUGGGGAGCCAAGACGGACUUUAAAAUAACUGCCAAAUAGAAAACUCGAGUCAGGGGUGUUCAACCUUCUCAAACGGUGGGAAAGUAAAGUGCGGCCUGGACGAUCGACAGGGUGAACGCGCGCGGCGCCGUGACCAAUAACAAGAGUCGAGACGAAGGCGACCGUGUCACCGUUUAUUUCCUUUCGACGGGAUCUCAUUUUUCCCCGCGUACACACAAUCCGCGGCUUAAGCGGAGGCACGUUUCAGCCGAGUGUUUCCAUAAAAGGCGAACCCUAUGAGGCACGAAGUAAUGAACUUGCACCGUCAACGAUCGCGCGAUCGACCCUCCACGCUCGAUAUAUUUUUCCACAUUCUCUCCUGGUUAUAAAGCCCUCCCCAUCUCGCACUCGAAAGCCGACACAGAAGUGCAAGAGCGAUCCCUCCGCACUUCCGCAAAAUUCCCGCCGGAUAUUUUCGCACCGCAGCCGCGUGUCACUGCAAUAUGUGUGUGCGUACACGCGAGAAAAUACACAAACGCACAAAGGAGCGGUCGGCGCGUCGCUUACUCAGCCGAUCGGCGGAAGAGGGUCGAUCGAUUGACGAUCGGCCGCUCAUUCGUCCGGAUCGUACGAGCCGCACGAGUAACGCAGCGAGUAACUGGCGAGCGGACAGAGACGAAACGCGACGAGAGCGAACGAACCGUGGAAUAAAAAAAAAAAAAAAACUGCCACGUUGGACCACCCCUGCUUUUCGUACAGAGCCAACGCGUACUCGAGUCCUCGAGGACCUCGGUGAAUCCGUCGUGGAUCGUGACCGAGCGCUGCGAAAGCGAUCGAUAUUUGAGAGCCCAUGCCUACCACGACGACGAUUUGUAUCUCGGUGGAUCGCACAGUUUCGUUGCUCGACUACGCGCUGUCAAAGCUUUCGACGACUGUAAAACGUAAAGUGAUCCCAAAGCGUGUCACGCUCUUUUAACAUGUGUCGCUUUUGUUUCACUCUUUGGCCAAAUAAAUCUUGUACAUCGAUGUACAAAUAAAAGUGAGUUUACAGUUACACUUUCGCGAAUAAAGCAUUUUUACGUCUUGAACAAAGAAUUUUAUUUUUUACAUAGUGAAAUUAUCAUACGGCAAACUACGGCAGGUGCAGCGUCGGAUUAAGGAUUCUAUUGUUUUAGAUAAUACAAUUUUCAAACUAGAAUUAUUACUUUCAUAAAAUACUUAUGUUCUCGAUAUAGAAUAAGAGUUUUGUAUUUAAAGGUUAUUUACUUUUCAUGAAAAAUGUUCCGUGCAAAAAACAGAGACAAUGAGUUGCAUUCCGUGAUAAGGAUAAUGAAUCGGAUCGCAUAUAUCAGAACGAGAUAUUUGUGACGAUUUGAAACCGUUUCCACCGUUAGCGCGAGCGAGAUAAAGAAAAUUCGUGACCCCGAGCGAGCUAAUCAAACAAUUAAUUCUCGAAACGGGUGCCGGAGCCCUGCAGAGUCCUCAUUAGCGUAAACUCGUCGUCGGCCGAGUCGGUACUUUUUAUAUGCCAUGCGCGGCUAAUUACGAACUGACGAAUCCGCUCGUUAUCGCGUGUCACAAGGGUUAUGCAGAUCAGUGUUUCAUUUAUGCGAACGAAUUUCACCAGAUUAUUGUACCAUCAUUAUUUUCUGCUCUUGUUUAUUUUAUCGCCGUUAGAUAUGAGCAUUUUGUCGAUUUGGAUACGUUUCGGAUCCCGUGUUGUUCAGAAUUUCAAAUUAUAUUUAUGUUUUACCAUGUCGUGACAUUCAUUUCCCGUCGCACAGUUUGAUAUUAAUGGCACUAAAUGCAUCGGAAAAAUAUUUAGUUACGCGAUAAGACAAAUAAAUAUUACAAGGCUUUAACAGCCGUAACAGACAGUUGUAUACAAUUAAUAUUAAUUUAGAAAGUUCUUGUAAUAUUUAAUUAAGCAACUAAUUUUCGUUUUUCCAAGGAAUUUUAAGAUUUUUUUUAGUGACAACGUUAUGCAGGUGAUCGUCGCGUGGAAUUUUCUGCUUAAAUUUUUCACCAAAUAAUUUUUUUCCCUUUAAUAACGCAUAAAAUCUGCCCCGACACGUGUACAUAAAAAUGCACGUAAUUAAUAUAAUAAUAAAGCGAAGUAUUAUAUCAAAGAUCUUUCGCCAUUACAGUCGCCGAAGGUUUUGACGUCGUCAAACAUCCCCGUUCCCAGUCCGCCCUCCCUACCUCAUUUAACGAAGCUGUACGGAAUGACAAAGUGAUAUAAUUGUUCAAACGACGCGAAAGAUAUAAUGAUGAAUAACGUUAAAAUGUUCCGACCAAAUACUCAAAUAAAUAUGUACAUAAAAAAACGAGAAAGCGUUUUGCGUAGCGUGGGACUUAAGUGCAUCGUACAGCGAUCUAGUUGGUGCAUGAGUGAGCAGUGUCAUCGGCUAAGCACGCACGCGUACACACCUAUACCUAUACACAAGAAUGCACGACGUUUAAAUAGGGCGGCGACAGUAUAUUUAUCCGCAUCUCACAAACAAUUCUCUCAAAAGCGAGCUGGAUCAUCGACGAUGGAUCGAUCGCGUGCCGAUCGAGAUUGUCGAUCGCUCCGAUCUCUCACGGACGACCGUAAAUCGCGCGCCGAGGGCGAUCCACCGGUGCGGGAAGAGCCGAGCAAAUCAAAUCAAACGGGAAUCAUCAUUGCAAAAUUCGUUUCUCGAGGACGGUUUCGAUAAUUAUCGAUCAUUGCCGACAAUCAUUUCGCGGGGACGUAGAUUUGCGGCGCCCGUGGAGCACAAAAAACGAGGAAGCGCGGACGAAAGAAUUGUGAUACAAUGUGAUUCGCGGGACGCAUACGAGAAAACGGGAACGAGGUGCGCGACGCGAGAAACAAUUUCGAGCACAACGAAUCGCGAAUGGAAUUCGUGAACACGCAGAGAGAAGAUUGAAGGACCGUUUACACCACGCAAUUUCCCGACGCGAUGUCUCUGGGAAUAUCGUUGAGCUAUCGUUGCAAUGCCAUUCUAAAAUCGUAGCUGUAAGUCGUCGCGUACAGCCAUAAUAAUAAUUGAAUGAGAGUCGGUUAGAAUAUGUCGUAUGUUGAAAUACUUUGUAUAUGUGUAUUCGCGACUGUGUAGCGCCAAUUAAUUAAGAUGCUAUUAAAAAUUAUAACGAGGUACGGAAGAAUAAAUAGAUUCGGUUCAAAUGUAACAAGAAAUGAUUAUAACUCUCAUGAUAAUUCGAGCUACGAAUUCGUAAUCAUUGAAUCAUAAUCAUUGAAUUAGCUAUAAUUCAUAAUCACUGGCUCAAUAAAUAAUUGUGUAAUUGUGUAACUUGAUAUUCGUUCGAGUGAGCUUAGUUAAACCAAGCGUUAGUUUCAUUCAUUCAUUCAGUUUCCAGAUUUCCCGCGUGCUUUUCUACGCUGAUCUAUUUUAUUGAUCCGAACUGAUGUCGCUGAAAUAAAUCUGCGGUGUAAACGGGUCCUGCGGGAUCGCUGAAACAAUCGAUAUCGUACGGGAGCCACCGACGAUUUCGAGGCAGCGCGGCCGAUCGACGGGAGAUUCACCCAGGAUGUCCUCCGAUCUAGCGUAAUUUUCUAACUCAUCACGCGCGCGUCACGUAAUCUAUAAGUAUACGAGUAUAACGACGGCAGCCAGUUGGCGAGUGUGUGAUUAAGAGGGACGAGAAGAGAGUCCGGGGGCGCGUCGCGAUGCCGUCGUGAAAUCGGCCGCGGGAGCGAAACCGUCGCGUACAAAUCGAGUUCGAGAAAUGCAAUCUGCGGUCUCGAAUGGCACACUCGCGAGAAAUGACAUUUACUAUAAUAGCGAUAUACCAUGGCGGGAAGGGAAGAUACACACGUAGGUCCGUAUUGCGGGCGCGGAUUUAGCGUUAACUAAAACCGGCUGUGUCGAUUCCCACGUCACGUUGGUUUUGUGGACUUUGUAUUAGGCAAAUAAAACUCGGGCAACCGCGUUUAGCGCUAAACACGCGGCGAAAGUGCGGGCCACGUCCUCUCGCAACAAAUACAUGUGUAUCUUCUCGUUGCCGCCGUAUCGGAAAUUUUUUUAUAUAUAAUACAAUACGAGGGCAAAGGGACGGUGGGAGAGUAGUGCAUUGUUAAUUCCAAAAACGCUCAUUAAAAACGAAUCUAGCGAGUAUCACAGCGUAAGAAAAUUUUACAUGGUGUUUGUACGUUUAAGGGACUAAAACGCGUUACACAUACACAUACACACACACACACACACACACACACACACACACACACACACACACACACAGAGAAGAUCACUCUGCGAUCGACCACCAUACGUAAUUAAUGAGAAUAUUAAAAGAGCACGCGAAAAAGAUCAAAUUACGGGCGGUGAGAAACGUAGCACGAGAGAGAGAAAAAAAAGGAGGAAAAAAAAUAAGAAACGAAUCCGUGUAAUGUUAAGCGAAUUAAGCUCUAGAGGCUCGAUGUACGGUAAUCGUUUGGUUAGUGUGGUUAUUAUUACUAUUGUUUAUGCCGAAGAAAGCGACGAUCAUCGUUAGUACUAUUAUCACACAUACACACACACGCACACAACCAGACAGAUACACACACAUAGACACACACACGUGCAAACACGCAUACACACACCGCAGGACUAUUACUAAUUAAUAUGAUUACCGUUACUAUUUAUCACUACUACUAGCGCUACUGAAUAUUUAUUAUUAUGAUUAUCAUUA